AUUUGAGUGCAUCUAGCAAUCAUGUUAUAUAAUCGGAUAACAUCAACAUAUACAUUUCCGCCCUUUCUCUCUCCUCCUUCGCUCAUACCUCUACUGAUUCAGAGUUCUAGAGAGAGAAACAAUAAGUGUAGUCCUAGUAGCAGUAAAAUCAGGGCAAUGCCUUUGAAUUCAUCGGUUGAAGACAACGGAGCUGUGCGCAACUCGAAGCUGAAUAAAUCGACGUUUCUGGCUUCGCUGAUGCCGAAGAAAGAGAUCGCCGCCGAUCGAUUCGUUGAGUCGCACCCCGAGUUCGACGGCCGUGGCGUUCUCAUUGCUAUUUUCGAUUCUGGAGUGGAUCCUGCUGCCGCGGGGUUACAGGUCACCUCAGAUGGGAAGCCAAAAAUUCUGGAUGUUCUUGAUUGUACCGGAAGUGGAGAUAUUGAUACCUCAACUGUAGUAAAAGCUGAUGCAAAUUGUUGUAUUCGUGGAGGUUCAGGUGCAUCUCUUGUUGUAAAUUCUUCGUGGAAGAAUCCUACCGGUGAAUGGCAUGUUGGCUAUAAACUAGUCUAUGAACUUUUUACAGAUACAUUGACUAGUCGAUUGAAGAAAGAAAUAAAGAAGAAAUGGGAUGAGAAAAACCAGGAAGCCAUAGCUGAUGCCGUGAAGAAUCUUGACGAACAUGAUAAGAAACACUCAAGCACUGAUGAUGCAAACUUAAAAAAAGUUCGUGAAGAUCUGCAAGAUAGAGUUGAUUUUCUGCGAAAGCAAGCCGAUAGCUAUGAUGACAAUGGUCCUGUAGUUGAUGUUGUUGUUUGGCAUGAUGGGGAGUUAUGGAGGGUUGCCGUCGAUACACAGACUCUUGAGGAUGAUCCAGAGUGUGGAAAACUUGCUAACUUCAUUCCCCUCACCAAUUACAAGACUGAACGAAAAUAUGGCAUUUUUAGCAAACUAGAUGCUUGUUCAUUCGUUGCCAAUGUUUACAAUGAAGGGAAUAUUGUAAGUAUUGUUACAGAUAGCUCCCCCCAUGGCACACAUGUUGCUGGCAUCGCUUCUGCUUUUCACCCAAAGGAACCUUUGCUAAAUGGAGUUGCACCCGGGGCACAGAUAAUUUCAUGUAAAAUAGGUGACUCACGGUUGGGUUCAAUGGAAACAGGAACUGGCUUGACUAGAGCACUAAUUGCUGUUGUGGAGCACAAAUGUGACCUUAUCAACAUGAGUUAUGGAGAAGCUACAUUACUUCCAGAUUAUGGCCGCUUUGUUGACCUUGUUGAUGAGGUGGUGAAUAAGUAUCGUGUAAUAUUUGUUAGUAGUGCUGGGAACAAUGGACCAGCAUUGACCACUGUAGGUGCACCUGGUGGUACCACUUCAAGCAUAAUAGGAAUUGGUGCUUAUGUCUCCCCUGCCAUGGCUGCUGGUGCUCAUGCUGUAGUUGAGCCUCCUUCUGAAGGGCUUGAAUACACAUGGUCUAGCCGAGGACCGACUGCUGAUGGUGAUCUUGGUGUUAGUGUGAGUGCUCCUGGUGGAGCUGUUGCUCCCGUUCCAACAUGGACCCUUCAAAAGCGCAUGUUGAUGAAUGGAACAUCUAUGUCUUCUCCAUCCGCCUGUGGAGGAAUAGCAUUGCUUGUCAGUGCAAUGAAGGCUACGGGAAUUCUUGUUAGCCCUUACACUGUACGAAGGGCACUUGAGAAUACCGCCAUUCCUGUAGGGGGUUUGCCCGAGGAUAAACUAACAGCUGGACAAGGGCUUAUGCAAGUUGACAAAGCACAUGAAUACCUUCAGAAGUCACAUGAUAUUCCCUGUGUUUGGUAUAAGAUAAAGAUCAAUCAAGUUGGUAAAACAAGCCCAACUUCACGAGGUAUCUACCUGAGGGACUCUUCCUAUUGUCAUCAAUCUACAGAGUGGACAGUGCAAGUUGAUCCAACAUUCCAUGAUGAUGCUAGUAAUAUGGAACAACUAGUUCCCUUUGAGGAGUGUAUAGAACUACAUUCAACUGGAGAGGCAGUGGUGAAAGCUCCUGAUUUCCUCCUCCUCACUCAUAAUGGGCGUACCUUCAACAUAGUUGUAGAUCCAACAAAACUUAGCGAUGGGCUACACUAUUAUGAAAUUUACGGAAUCGACACCAAUGCACCAUGGCGUGGUCCCCUUUUUAGAAUUCCUGUAACUAUUACAAAGCCAACAUCUGUGAGAAGCCGGCCUCCACUGAUAUCAUUUACUGGAAUGUCCUUUGUACCAGGAAAUAUUGUACGGAAAUAUAUCGAGGUACCACAAGGUGCUAGUUGGGUUGAGACAACCAUGCGCACUUCAGGCUUUGACACUGCUAGGAGAUUUUUCAUUGACACUGUUCAGAUCUCUCCCCUGCAAAGACCUAUGAAGUGGGAAACUGUUGUUACGUUCUCAUCUCCUUCUGCCAAGAGCUUUGCCUUUCCAGUGGAGAGUGGGCGAACAAUGGAAUUGGCAAUCUCUCAAUUUUGGUCGAGUGGUUUAGGAAGUAAUGAAAUCACUGUUGCUGAUUUUGAGAUUGCUUUCCAUGGGAUCAAUAUCAAUAAAGACGAAGUAGUACUUGAUGGAAGUGAAGCGCCUGUUAGAAUUGAUGCCCAGGCUCUUCUCUCAUCAGAGACACUUGUUCCAGCCGCAGUUCUUAAUAAGAUAAGAGUUCCAUAUCGUCCUGUUGAUGCAAAAUUGCACGCUCUUACAGCCGACAGGGAUAGACUACCUUCUGGAAAGCAAACACUGGCAUUGACGUUAACUUACAAAUUCAAAUUAGAAGCCGGAGCUAAUUUGCAGCCACAAAUUCCCUUGCUUAAUAAUCGGAUAUAUGAUAACAAGUUCGAGUCUCAGUUUUAUAUGAUCUCAGAUACAAAUAAGCGUGUACAUGGAAUGGGUGAUGUUUAUCCAAAAUCUACUAAGCUUCCAAAGGGCGACUAUACCUUGCAAUUAUAUUUGAGGCACGAUAAUGUUCAGUACCUGGAGAAAAUGAGGCAACUAGUUUUGUUCGUUGAAAGAAGUUUGGAUGAGAAGGAUGCAAUUCCAUUAAGCUUUUACAUCCAACCAGAUGGUCCUCUGACAAGUAAUGGUAGCUUUAAGUCCUCAGUUUUAGUUCCGGGGUAUGCUCAUCUAUUAUUCUCUUUCAUUCAAUAUAUUCACACACAUAUUAUAUCUGUGCAUAUUGACCUUCAUUUGUAUGGUUAUGGUAGAGGGAAAGAAGCAUUUUAUGUUGGCCCUCCUACAAAAGAGAAGCUCCCCAAGAACACUCCUGAAGGAUCUGUAUUGUUAGGAGCUAUUUCGUAUGGAAAGUUGUCUUUUGGGGUUCAAAAUGAAGAAAAAAAUCCAACUAAAAAUCCUGUAUCUUAUCUGGUCUCUUACAAUGUCCCUCCAAAUAAGCCUGAAGAUGUUAAAGAAAGACGUUCUGCGAGUGAAAGAAAAAGUGUAUGUGAGCGGUUGGAAGAAGAGGUUCGUGAUACCAAGAUAAAGAUACUUGCAAGCCUAAAACCCAGCACUGAUGAGGAACACUCUGAAUGGAAGAAGUUAUCUAGCUCACUUAAGUCAGAGUACCCAAGAUACACUCCACUUCUUGCCAAAAUACUAGAGGGUGUGCUAUCCAAGGAGAUUGUGGAAGAUGAUGUUCACCACUACAAAGAGGUUAUAAGUGCAGCAAAGGAGGUUAUUGAUAGCAUUGACACUGAUGAAUUAGCAAGAUAUUUUUCCCUUAAAAGUGAUCCAGAUGAUGAGGGGGCUGAGGAAACAAAGAAGAGAAUGGAGACCACACGGGACCAGUUGGCAGAAGCAUUGUACCAAAAAGGAUUAGCUUUGUUGGAAAUUGAACAUAUGAAGGAGGGUGAGAAGACUUUAGAACUUGCUGCUACUGAAGGUGCAAAACCUGAUGCUCAGCAAGAUUCGUUUGAAGAAAACUUCAAAGAAUUAAUAAAGUGGGUUGAAGUGAAAAACUCGAAGUACGGCACUCUCUUGGUAUUACGUGAGAGACGUUGUCGGAGGCUUGGCACUGCACUGAAGGUGGUAAACGAGAUUAUACAAGAUGCAGGCGAACCACCAAAGAAGAAGCUAUAUGAGUUGAGAAUCUCCUUGCUUGGUGAAAUUGGAUGGAACCAUCUGGUAGCAUAUGAAAAACUGUGGAUGUUUGUGCGUUUUCCCGCUAAUCUACCACUGUUUUAGAGCUUGUUUAGCACUUUGAUAAUUAACUGCAAAAGUUUUUGCUCUAGUGUUAGGAAAUUCCUUGUGCUUUAUGAAUAUCGAUAGGAAAUUUUCCUCAAAACCAUAAACUACCCUCAUUAGAGUUGGGGGCUUACAAACUACUCAGAUUAUGUAGGUAGUAUAGACUGUUCUCUGUAUUCUUUUUCUCCUGAAGCUGUAGUGUCUUUAAUAUGCUUUAGAAUUUCAAUAAAAAAUGGGUUCUGCUCAUUGUGAAUAUGGUGAUCAGUCUGCUAAAUUGUAAUGUGUUAUAAUGCAAGUGAGGAAAUGUUAAACAAUUUAUUUCA